AUGGGAAAUUGUCAAAUGAAAAGAAACCAUUCAAAUGAUGACUAUGACUCCGACGACGAAAAAAUCACCGGGGAAAAAUAUCCUCGGCAUUAUCGAUUCAUUGACGGGCAACGAUAUCAUAACUCGCGAAAUUCUGUUUACUGUCUACCGUCAGACGAGAAAGAAUGUGAGCGACUAAAUAUACAGCAUUACAUGUAUCGGUAUAUAUGGCAGAGUAAUUUCUCGGCGAAGGUGGAGCAGAAAAUGAUAAAUGAUAGUGGCGUAAAAGUACUUGAUGUUGGUUGUGGGCCAGGAACAUGGUUACUUGAAAUGAGCUCUGAAUUUCCGAAAUGUCAUUUCACAGGGAUCGAUAUUUUCCCAAGCAUGUUUCCCGAAGUGAAACCGAGAAAUGCACAAUUCAUCAAAGCAAAUGUCCUUGAUGGACUGCCCUUUGAUGAUGAUACAUUUGAUUUUGUACAUAUGCGAUUUUUGUGUAUUGCGUUCACCGAAGAUGAAUGGGAACACAAAGUUAUACCGGAAUUAACGCGUCUGGUGAAACCGGGAGGAUACCUCGAGAUUAUGGAGGCGGAUUUACAGUUUAAGAAUAUAGGAAGUAACGGGAAAAUAUUUGUGGAUGCAUGGCUCCAAGAUCUAUCCUCUCGCUUCAUCAACCCAUUAAUAAUUCACAAACUUGAAGGAUACCUACACGCCACACCCGCUCUUCAAGAUAUAACUUCAGAACGCCGGCCAAAUCCCGUCGGCGACUGGGGCAGCCGUGUUGGGAAAGUAGCCGCAGAUGUUUUCGUCUCGCUAAUACGAUCUCUUGAGACACGACUCAUUGAUCGAAUGGGUCUAACGUCGGCCGAGUUUCAGGAGUUGAUAGAGUUUGCCGCGCAUGAGUUCAACGAAAAUAAAACUUUCUCGGUUAGCUGUCGUGUAUAUGCGAGGAAGUUAUGCGAUGAUGAUGGAAUAAAGGAAGGGAGUUCUACGUUAACGUCACCGACCGCUAUGAUAAGCAAUGUUGAUGCGAAGACGAGACAUUCAAAGGAACUCUCGCAAAA